AGCAAGAGCAAGAAGCAAGUCAGCACCUUGGCUUUUCCUUGUGGGAGGAGGAGCACUAGGAUCCCUAGCCCACACUAUCUAGCAAUAGGCAGAAGCCUGCAGGCCCCAAGGCGGCAGCAGGUUGAAACAGGCUAGUGGCAGGGAGAAUAUCAGACCAAAACAGGCUUGUUGGGUGGGCAGGAUACUGAGGCUGCUGGAGAGAAAAGAAACAGCGAAUAGCUGAGAAGAGGCUGGGGGAGAUAGAGAAUCACAUAUUUAUGUUCAAAAAUAUUUCAGUGGAGCUCCGAAAGACAGAAAGGCAGCAAACAGCCAAGCUGGGAAGAAGAGAUUGUCUCCGAACUCAGCAGAGUGUGUGGGCACAGAAGACUGAUAGCAAACAAGUAAACACAGUUCACAACUGUGGCAGCUGAAGGAGCAAAGUCUGCUCAGUGACAAGCAUGAGCACUGUUCCACAGACUUGUGACCAGGAGCUGAGAACAGGUGCAAAGAAAGAACGAUGCCUUCAGGGGAAAAGCCUACUUCUGUGUGCACUUCUUAGUACUCUCCUUGGCUUUACACUGCUCAUCACCUACCUCGUGAUGACUUGUGCUCUAGGAUCCUGUGAUGCUGUGUCAGAUCCUGCUCUGUUGGAAAGACUUCUGAAUUCUAGGAAUGACACUGUUAACCCCUGUGAGAACUUCUACAAAUAUGCCUGUGGCAGAUGGGAAGGCAAACAGUCAAGCAGAACCCGAGAAGAAUCACUAAACGUAUUUGAUGUGUUGUUGGAAGAAAACCUGUUGAUCGUGAAAAGGCUUUUAGAAAAUCCACAGUCUGGGAUAAGAGGCUCAGCCAAGGAGAAAGCAAUACAAUUUUAUCGUUCCUGCAUGGAUACUGAACGAAUAGAAUCCCAAGGAGCUCAGCCAUUGAAGGACCUCCUAAAUGAGGAUGGGGAAAAAUCAAGCCUACAAUUUAAAGGAGAAAAUCCUUCUCUUUCUAUUCUGGGAGACUCCUCUUCGUGCCAGGGAGGGCUGGACAUCUUCCUUCCAGCACAGAGCAUUUAUGCACUUUGUCAAAAGAGGGUGCAGAACCUUCCAGCAAAAGGAACAGUGACUACAGGCCUGCCUGUGAAUCUGCUUGUAAGAGAGGUUGGUGGAUGGCAUAACACAAUUGUGGGGGAAACAAAAGAUUUUAAUGAAACUCUUCAGAUUCUCAUGAGCAGAUACAGCACCUUUCCAUUUUUUAGAGUCCAUGUGGGACCUACUCCUUUUGACCCCAAGACCAAUAUUAUUCAGAUUGACCAUCCUGAGUUUGAUAUUCCACUUGAGAGUGAAUUCAAAGAGAACAAUUAUCUUGAGGUUCUCCGUGUGUAUCUUUCGUAUUUGAAGAAAUUGGGGGUCCUACUUGGAAGGUCAGAAGAUGGUCCCCCUGACUCCUUUUCCCUGACGUUGUCCUUCAUUUCUAACCUCCAGCGAUUUGUCACUCCACUGCAGAAAAGACAGCAGAGGGGGAUGCUGUUCUUUCACACUACCAUUAGGGAGCUACAGGAAAAGGCACCUGCAAUUGACUGGCUGGCGUGUCUCAAGGCAGUUUUCCAUCCUGUGCCAAUGAACCUCUCUCAGCCAGUUGCAGUGCAUGACAUGGAUUACUUAAGCAACAUGUCACAGCUCAUCGAGAGAUGGCACAAGGGAAGGGUCCUUCACAUUUAUAUGAUUGUUUGUCUGGUUGGGAAUCUCUCCCCAGCCCUUGACAGUCAAUUCCAAGAUGCGCGCCUGGAGCUGUAUAAGAUCCUUUAUGGAAAAAUGGGAUCUAGAAUGAUCCCAGCUGAGCGCUGGAGGAAGUGCUUGACUGAUACCAGCUCUUUCUUUGAGCCAGUCCUAGGGAAGAUGAUCGUGCAAGAAAUUUUUCCUGAGCAGACCAAGAAAUUUGCUGAGCAGAUGUUCUCUGUGAUCCAAGAUGCCCUCUGUGACCGCCUGGAUCAGGUGGAGUGGAUGGAUGAAAAGACUCGCCGAAAUGCUAAAGCCUUGGUAUCCAAACUACAAGUGGAGAUUGGUUAUCCAGCUCACAUACUCCAGACUGACAAAGUGAACCUGGAAUACCAGAAUCUGGAGAUAAAUGAAGACACUUUUUUCCUCAAUGUGGUGGCUUGCUUGAAAGUACUGAGGGAAAAUUCCUACCUGAAGCUCCUUCAGCAUAACCCACAGAAAAACUGGCAUGUGCACCCCUGGAGUGUGCAUUCAUACUAUUCAAUAAGCCACCACAUGGUGGUCUUUCCGGCUGGAAUGUUCCGCAGUCCUUUUUUCCACAUGGAGUUUCCCAGCGCUGUGAAUUUUGGAGCCAUCGGGGUCUUCAUGGCACAUGAAAUUCUUCACUCAUUCUAUGGUUAUGUGUUGCCUGAGGGCUGUCCUGCAUGCAACAGGAGUGCACUACAAAGCUCUAUAGACUGUUUGGUUGAGCAGUAUGAAAGCUACAGCUUUAAUGUCAAUGGCACCUUCACACUGUUGGAGAAUACAGCUGACACUGGAGGGCUCGCCAUCGCCUACCAGGCCUAUAAGAAUUGGCUGAAAAAGCACAAAGAAGAGGGUUUACCUAAGAUUGGACUUUCACACGAUCAACUUUUCUACCUCAGUUUUGCUCAUGCAAUGUGUGGACACCAGGACCCAGAAAAGCUCCAGUCUUCCCUGAACACAGAUCCACACAGUCCCUUGCCACUUCGUGUCUCUGGGCCUGUCAGCAAUAGCCAGGACUUUUCCAAGAGCUUCCAGUGUCCCAGUGGAUCCCUGAUGAACCCAGACAAGAAAUGCCGCAUCUGGUAGUGCACAUGGAAGAGGAGGAAGAGAGAUGUGAUCCCAGGGAGAGGAAGGCCUGACACAUGAAAAUAUGACCAUCUUCUCAGGGCCUCUAGGGUGACAUUGUGCUCUUAUUCACUCCUUUUCCUUCCUUUUCUUGUUAUCCUUUCCUCAGCAUUUAAUGGCAGGGAAAUUCUUAAACUGAUCUCAUAAGGAAGGAAUCUCCUCCAAGGCUCUCAGUCCCAGAUGUGUGACAAGUCCCAGGGCAACAAGUCCCAGGUGACUGGCCAGUUCCUAGUAGGCAGCAGCUUGUGAGGAGUUGUAAACAGAAAGACUGUUACAUUAUUAGUCUCUCUGUUUAGUGCAUUUACCUGUCUGCCUCAGCAGCCUCACAGUCCUGUAGAAAGGGCAAGUCAAUAAACAGGAGCUGUAAGACUUGUUCAUAUCUUAAAAUAGCUCUUGGGGAAAUCUAAUGGGUUACUGUGCAAACCACAUGUAACUUACAAGAGAGGGAAGAAUUCUCUUAUUUUGCUAAUAAAUGGAGACAGGUGCUAGGAAAGACUUAGUGGCUGCAGCUUGUAGGCUGAAAGGUAAGUAACUUAAUAAUGAAGUUUACUGGAGGCCUUCUCUGCUCUGUUUUUGUUUCAUCAGCAAGACUCAAACAUAAGGGGAAAGAGGAAACUCCCCCUUUAAUGGGAGGAUAAUUGGGCAGCUGAGAACAGAUUAUCUUUCUUUUCCAACAAUAUCUUCUUUUUUUAAGUGUCUAGGGUUGAGGAUAUGGUAGAGGAUGCAGUAUGGGAGGGUCACAAAGUUUUCUAGAAGUUUUUGAAGGUUGAACAACUAGAACUCAAAAAGCUUCUCAGCAUCCUGAACCUGGUCCUCUCCCUACAUUUGUAAAUAUUUACCAUCCAAGCAGAGACAUGGAGCUGUUGCAGGAUUUUACUUUCUACUUGAAAUUGAAUUUUAGGUGUUAUUUUUCUUUAGAGCAAAAACAGAGUAAGAAACAACAUGAUUUGGAGUAGCAGAAGUGCCUAAACUACAUUCUUAACAACAAUGUAAUAAUUACAUCUAUUUCAGAGUUUCAUAAUUAGAAAAUUUAUAUCAAUGUUCUAAACUUUACUGAUGUUAAUAAGUAUACAAAAUACUUAUACCUUUUGCAUACUCUUCAAACUGUUCUUGUUUAUGGGAACGUUUUUAUUUUACUUAUUAUAUUGGCUGCCUGGGGAUUGUUUGUGGAAUAGAUGAUGGCAAGUGGAAACAUCCCUUAUCAAUGUAAGCAUUUUAAAAAUAACUGUGUUAAUCCUAUUCAAGUACUGACAAAUACAGCAAAAUGUUUCCCAAGAAUGGACUGUUCAGAGAUUUUGUUUUCAUUAAUUAACAAAAAUAGUAAUAAAGUGUUUGCUUCUGAAAAAAAACCCAAAAACAAUUACUUUGACUGCAAAAGCUUUAUCAUCAGGCCUGUAUCUUUUUUUCUGUAUUUGUACUGUUCACAACUUGUCUGAUGCUCUUAGCUGGACUUCACAAGUAAUAAAUAAAAAUACCUCAAAAUAAU